CAUAUGUUGUCUCAAUAAGCCAACAGAUCAAAAUGGAUUUUUUAACAUAUAAACAUAUUGAACCAGUUAUUGAUAAAUUUACUCGAUUUGCAAUCCCAUUGUAUAUCGAAAUGCUAGAAAAACACAAAUAUAAUUUGCAUAAAUACAUACAAUAUCACGAAUACUUUAAAAUUAAUAAGGAAUUAAUUAAUUCCAGAACUACUGUAUUGCAAUUAAAGUUUGAAUUAAAUGAAUUAGAAAAUUUGAGAAGAAAUAUUUUAAUGGACGAUAUAGUAAGUUUUGAUAAUAGAGUCAAAAUAACAAAAGAAAAUGCCAUUCUUUCUUUACAAUCAUUUGAAGAAUUUAUAAAAAUAGUAAGUUUAAAAAAUAAAAUAUCUGACUUAACAAAGAAUGAAAUAUUAGAUGAUAAUAAAGUUAUAUCUUCAAUUCCAAAUGAUACAAUGUUCUUACUCUCUCAAUCAAUGACUCAGGAAGUUCAUAAUUACAAAGACAUCCUUGAAGAAAAUAAUAAAAACUUACAAACACUUCAAAAAGAUUUAAAAGAAGUUAAUCAAAUUUUUAUUGUAUUGUCCUCUAUUGUUGAUCAAAGUAAAGAAAAAUUAAAUUCGACAGAAACCAAAAUACUCGAAUCAAACUUUUCAACUGAAAAAGGCAUUAAAAAUUUAACACAAGCACUUAAAUAUAAAGGAACGAUAUACCCAAUAAUGGGUGCUGCAUUAGGAAGUUGUAUAGGUGGACCUGUAGGUUUCUUUUGUGGAAUAAAAAUUGGAGGUAUAGCUGCAUUAAGUGGAGCAAUAAUUGGUAUUCAAGGUGGGCAAUUGAUUAAGAAAAUAAAGAAAAAUAAUAUGGAGAUCAAUGAUAAUGUUUUAAGCAAUAAUAUUGUGACCUCUAAAAAUAAUGAAGAAACUACUCAGAUUCUCAAAGAUAAUGAUUAUAACUGGCGCAAAUAUAUAAGAUUAACACCUAAAAAGUCAAAAGAACAUCAUCUUUAAAAAAAAUAUAAUUUUUAAAUAUAUUAAAUUUUUAACACUUUUUAUAAUUUUUAAAUAUAUUAAAUUUUUAACACUUUUUAAAACUGACAUAUUUUUAGAUAUUAUAAUAUUUAUAUCUUGAAGAUAAAUAAAAUUGCAUAGACCCUUGAAAUAUAAAAAUAAGCCUG